ACGUAACGUUACGUGCAAUGUCACCGAUCGAAAGACUUCCUGCUUCCGGUCUGUUGUUGAGGCGAGGAGGAGGAUGAAGAUGAAGAUGAUGACGUUGGGUUGGGUUCUGCUGCUGUUGUUCGCAUGCGCGCGCGCUUCUGAACUCACGUUUGAGCUCCCGGACAACGCCAAGCAGUGUUUCUAUGAAGACAUCAUCAUCGGCACUAAAUGUACCCUUGAGUUCCAGGUGGUGACAGGAGGACACUAUGAUGUUGACUGUCGUCUCGAGGACCCUGAUGGCACCGUCCUCUAUAAAGAGAUGAAGAAACAGUACGACAGCUUUACGUUCACAGCGGCGAGAAACGGCACAUUUAAGUUCUGCUUCAGCAACGAGUUCUCCACCUUCACACACAAGACGGUGUACUUUGACUUUCAAGUGGGCGACGAUCCUCCUCUGUUCCCCAACGAGAACAGAGUCACAGCUUUAACACAGAUGGAGUCUGCGUGCGUGUCUAUUCAUGAGGCUUUAAAAUCCGUGAUCGACUAUCAGACACACUUCCGCCUGAGAGAGGCGCAGGGGCGCAGCCGAGCGGAGGAUCUCAACACCAGAGUGGCGUUCUGGUCUAUCGGCGAGGCUUUCAUUCUGUUAGUGGUCAGUAUCAGUCAAGUCGUUCUUCUCAGAAGUUUCUUUUCAGACAAGAAAACCACAACAACUCGUGUCGGAUCGUAAAGUUCACGGAGGCUCAUCGCUGAUCUACGUCACUCGCAGGGUCACAUCGGGUUUCCUGUUUGUGAGCUGUAUGUUCCAUUUCCAACAAAUAAUCGUUUCAAUUGUGAAAAUGAGACUAAAUCUAAUUUAUUUUGUGGGUGUGUGUUGGAUUUUUACGUGUGAAAUGUAAGUGUAAGAAGAAUGUAUAGACAUUGUAGAUCUGCUCGAGGCAGCGCUUAAGUUUGUAUGAUCAUCAUCUUUAGACUUUAGUUCAGUCUAACUGGAUCCACUGGCUGUUAGGACUGCAAUAGAACUUGUUAAAAAUAGCCAUUUUUUCUUCAGCUGAUGUUUCUUCUAGGCAAUUUCAUGACGUUGUGUAAUUGGUGUGUUAGCUAUAUUUUCAUUUCCUUUUAAUAGUGCUGCAUUUAUUUCUUUACCUUGUUUGUUUGGGGUAAUAAAUCUCUGGAAGAAA